UAAAAAGCCCUCAAAACUCCUUAAAACUUUAUAGCUCCGACGAGGAAGAAUAGAAGCAGAGGAUUUAAAUUCUGGUCUAGUAAAUACGGCAAUGGCAGAAGUGCCCGACGAUCCGCCGCCACAACCCGCCGCUACAUCGCCACCGCCUGCAACACUGGACCCCCCACCACCGCCACCAUCUCCCCCUCGGUUCGAUCCUAGCCGAAUGAUUGGUAUCAUUAGAAGGAAGGCCUUGGUUAAAGAUUUAGCUGCUGCUUACCAUGCAGAGUGCCUUGCAUACUGUCAAGAACUUUUGGAACUCCAAAGAAAAUGUGAAGAGUCUAUUAUAGACGUUAAAGUUGCUGAGGAAUCAAGAAAAGAAGCUAUGAGGCCUCCGAAACGGCUAAAAAAGUCUCGCUAGAGAUAAACUGUAAGGUUUGCAUCUUCACGGUUUCUAUUGUCAGUAUACUGAAAGCUGGCUAUGGGUCCACAUCAAAUCAUCAGUUUUCCAUAACCUGGAAGCAAUUAGGUAUUAAGGUGCUGAAGAACUUAGUUCUCUAAAAUUUAUUUAUUGAACAAAUCUUUAUAGUUACAUGCCAAGUAUAGAGGAUCACCUUUCACAUGGGAUCUAUAUUAUGUAAUAGCAAUAUUAUAUGCUUUUGGCAAUUUCUCAUGCAAAGGCCUGAUUGUAAUGAUUUAUAGAAUUCUUAUUAAUUCAAAGAACUUGUGGACUGGUAUGUUAGCUGUAUUAUUGCCAGAAAAUUGUUGUGUUGUUUUUCUCA